AUGAUUAAUGUGUUUAUAAAGGCAGAUUGGUGUCAGGAUCUGGAAAGUGGUCAGCUCGUGUUAGCUCACAAACUAAAGAAUCAAGCCUACACAUCAACCACUACCGAUGAUUGUCAAAACUACUGGAUUCGCCCCGUCAACGAGACUAACCUAUUCCUACUAGUGACAACGUCUUCAUCAAAAUGUACCCAAUACCAAUCAAAGAUGUGUUCGUGUACAACGCAGUGUUCUCCUUGUACCGCCCUAGGAAAAACUAGUGAAUGUCAGGAUAGGGUGAGUUUCACCGUGGCAGUACCUCCGGGUUUUACAAGUGACCAACUUGUAGACGCGGUUGAUUCCCUUACAAACGAGAUGUUGAAAAACCACACUACAUUUGCCUUAAUGGACACAAUAACAUCGCUGAAGACUGUUACUACGACGACUGGAGACCAGGAUGUAUGUGGACGGCCCUGUAACUACACUUUGAACAGAGCUGAAUGCAACAUGAGGGAUGAGUGUAGGUGGGAUAUUUACCAUGGCAACGGUGACAAUAUGUGCUCGGAGGAUGCGUAUCUACCAGAAAGAUUCGAGGCGGUGGUGUAUUUCCCAUGCUUGGGGUUGUACAGUAAGCUGAGCAUGAAUGACCAGACUCAAGUGGUGACAGAGGUCAAGCUCAAGGUCAAGACCGCCCUAACUCACUUCUCAGAUAAGGCUACUAUCGGAUUCAGCUACGGACAGGAUAAUCGGACAAUUGGUACCGAGGUAGCAUUUACCCUCCAAGGAACCAUACGGGAUCCGUUAAUAUCUAACUCACUGCAGCACUUGACACACGUGUUGGAAAGCCUGUCUGUAAGUGUAGGAAUGCAAACUUACAUUGGAUACAGCAAACCUAGGCGGAAAAGACAUUUCACCAAUUUGCAGGUGGUUCUGACAGUAUCCAUGUUUGACUUUGAUCAACUGCUGCUGACCAGUCCUCUGACGGCCAGAGAGGAUAUCAUGCGUGCUGCCCAGUCCUUAGUAGACCGGUAUUUUACUCCCUCCAUUGCUCAGACUCUGACAGAUGUACAACCCUACCAGAUGUAUCUCCCCUUCAUGGUUUGGCAGUCCGCGGACAGUGACCUUGACCUAGGGCUGUACUAUGACCAGCUUCGUGGAGACGUGGAUGCAGGCCGUGUUUGGAUAACACUGGGAGGAACGCGUUACGCUGUAGAUAACCUGUACUACCAGGGCAGUUUCUACCAAAUCUGUCCGAGAUCUUGUCAUCAAAACCUCACACAAAGUGUUUGUAACUGGCUUCCGAACUGUGGUUGGUCUCAUCAGCUUGCUCAAUGUACGACAGACGCUUUACUUCCUGAAAGACACGAGAUGACAGUGCUAGUACCAUGUCAUAUUUUACCUUACCGAACACCAUUAGAAACUGACGCUCUCAUCGCAUCCUUCAAACAUGAGGUCGAAAAUGUGUUAUUCGUAUAUCCAAACAUCAGCUCCAGAAAUGUUCACAGCUUUGGAAUCGGCCAGGUGUACCCCAGUAGCCUGGUGUUCACUGUCCAGCGAUCCAUGAUGAGCCCUCCUCUGUUACGUAUGGUGGAGGACUUAGACAAGUGGAUAGCCGCGGGAGGACUAAUGAUCGACAUUGGGCCAAACAGUACUCGUGUCACAGCGAAGGCACUAGGUAACUUCACAGAAUUGGAAGUUGCGUUGAGGUAUGAAGCGAUGAACUUGACGAAUACCACAAAUCUGACAAUCCGACAGCUAGUCGCCGAGAACCUCACCAGACUAAUUGAAGACGUGUUCCCACUGGGUGUAAUAUCUGUCGCAAACUUCAGGCUUUCUCAGAAAUACGUCAGGUUUGAUGCUGAGAAAACCGGCGACAUGAGCCUACGGGAAAUGGAGAAACUCAUGCAAGAACUCUGGCGGCUAGGAGGAUUUGGAAUCGUACAGGGCAACGUAAAACAUCUACCAAACGAAAUUAACUUCCAGGAGAAAUUUCAUAGUAACUGCACACUGGACUGCUCGACUAGUUUAGAUGCUGGUCACUGUAAUAAACUGCAGAUGUGUGUUUGGUUUACCGAGGGAAAUGUGUCACACUGUGCGAGGGACCACAAGUUACCUGAUAGAUACCAGCUAGACCUUUUCGUGCCAUGUAUGGACUUAAACGCAUUCUCUGCGACAGAAGUGAAUACAAUAGAACAAACGCUGCUUCAAAACUUCACCACCAUUCUGGGGACACCCAACUCAAAUGUCGUUACAAAUGUGACUAUCACACGGACAGGUGUACGUGUAGACCUACAAGCCAGCGUCCAGUUCCCACACCUCGAGAGAUACGUCACCGUAUUAUCCAAUCACACGGACUACAGGACUGGGUUCAGGUUCGGUGUCCAACCCCGCUUCUCCAUCAGGAACCGUCUAGAUUACACCAAUGUCCACGUCAAACUGACAUUCUACAGCAUAGACUUUGAGUUACUGAAGAUUAAAUACAGCUACGAUGAUCUAACGGCGAAAGUUGUUCGAAGUCUCAACAACGUUUUACUGGGAGUAUUGGUCCAAUCCUUGGAAAUGGUUUCCAUUCACAGAGAGGUCGUAGAGUUUACAGUAAGAAAAGAAGGGGAGAGCAACGUACAUAUGGAGGACGAAAUCAAAAUCCUGACCGCCAUCGUAGAAGAAGGACAAUUUUCCUUGGACAUUCCAUUUGUCCGACCUGUUGUUGCUUCCAGCAUUUUCGUCGAAGGAUCGUUUAGACAAUUGUGUCCAGACAAAUACCCCGUGUUUACAACAACCACAGUCAAUGUUCCAGUCACCAUCUCAGCCGCCAACUUUACAACCUCACAGCCAAUCACAACGACGUUAACCUGGUCGCGUCCCUCUGUAAUCCUGAUCUACAACCACUCAGAGGUACAACGGUCACUUCUACAUAGUCAGAUGGAGAGUUACGGAGUCAGUGCGUGUCUCGUAGAUAUUCGCCAAUGCCCUGCAUGUAUGACCAGGUUUUCCCGGAACACUUGCAGUUUCGAUGAUUCCAAUGUGACUUCUUUAUCAACUCACGCACCUAUUGACACCACUCCGGAUCAUCCCUCUAAACUCCCGAUGCCAGACGACGGUUUCCACAUUGGACUCGUAGCGGCCACAACAAUGGCCGUGGGAGGGUUCUUUGUCUUGGCACUUUUAAUGUGGGCGGCUCAAUCAAUUCAUGAAGCUAUGAAGAAGGAAAAUGGAAACAAGCCGGAAACAGAAAACGAUCCGGCAACAAUUUCACAAGCAGGAAGGGGAAUUGAAGAGCUACCAGAAGCAGAUUGAUAUCACUUUAUUUAGAUCUUUUUAGAUCACUAUUAAAGGAAUUAUUGUAUUAUAAGCAUUUGCCGUAAACUGUUUCUAUCUAAAUUAACAAUAAACCAUCAAACUCUUCAGUACAGACAACUGAUAGUUGUUGACAAUAGAAGGAUUGUAGUAGUUGACCUAGAGUAAGAAUUCAGAUACGAUGGAGGUUAUUCCAGGCAGACACAGAUAUCAAGGAGAUAAUACUUGCUCGCAUCAAAGAUGACACAACCUACCAACAGCGAGUUUUAUCCUAUGCGAAUAUACAUAUUUAACGCAUACCACUGCCAAAACAUUGUUACCGAGUUUUGGAAACUUUUUUCCGGCAUAACUAUAGCUUUGAUAAUUCAUUUCUGAAAUAAAGCGAUAACUUGCGGUACUUCUAUGAGAAAAGAUAAUGAUGAAAUACGCAAAAUAAAAUCAACAACGGUGUUCUGAAUCGAACCGAAGAGUUCAGAUUGCUAAGCUACCGCUCCGACCGAUUUAGCUACCUGGUUGACGCAAUUAUAUCCAAAGAGAGGUUAAGGGAGGUGACUGCAUAUAGGAACAAGAGGCCCAAUGGGCCUGCAUCGCUCACCUGGUAUAAAUA